GCCCAAUCGAGUGCCAGCGGCUCCGGCAGCGAUUCCGCCGAUGCGCCAACAAAAAAAAAGAAGCGCAAAAAACGCAAAAAAAAAUAAAGCGCUAGCGUCUGUUAAGACACUAGCAAGCAAAAGCCAGGUUUGGCUGGUGGCCUACUGUGCCUUCUGCACAAGUUCGCCGACGAGCUCGACACGAGCGAGCCACGGACGCCGAGCGACGCUGCGCAGUGUCUGCUGCCCCAAAAAGCAGCAGGAAGUCCACUGAAGGGCAGCAGCAAGCCCACAAAGGCCACCGCCUCCGCGAGGCACGCGACGGCCGACGAUGGGCCGUGGCGCUGCGCGACGCACGGGAGAUGUUGGGAGCGGGCCCGGCGGGACCAAAGAUGCGCACAAGAAGGCCUUGGGGCCCCAAGACGGCGGCGGCGGUCCGUCGACGGUAAUUGCUUUGGGUGGAAACGGGUCGGGCUCGUCACAUCCGACGAAGCCCGUCGAUCUAGAUGCUACUACGAAGAAACGUUACCGUUUACGCCAUUUCAAACGUUUGAAAGAACGCAGCAACCGACGUAAGCGUGAUCAAGAUGAACGCCUUUUCACUAAAAGUCUGAAGGCGACGGCUACCAACGAAGAGCCGAAUCGGAAAGAACGUCGCGAGGGUGUUCAGGGUUUUAAACCGGCCAAAAAAACAGUAAAAUUGAGCGUUCCGCCGCCCAAGCCCGUGAUCGUAGAUGAUGGCUCAAACAAAUUUGGCUCUCUUCAUGUGGAAACCGAAGUCACAUCAUCUCUUAUUUCUAAGACCACAACCGCCUCUACCACUACAUCUGUCGAGGAAGACGUUUAUUGGUCGCCACGCAAAUCUACCGAUAAACCAGUUAUUUCCUACAAAGGAGAAGAGCUUGAUCCAAAGGAUGAACGUGACUCUAAGAUUUGCAACGUCGUGCUGCGCGGUAAUCACUAUAUUAAUAAACAAGAGCGUCGCACGACCUUCGUGGGGGCUCUGAAGACGCACUUCGACGCGCAUAAGUCUGGUGAUGACGGCCUGUCGAAGAAAGAUGUGAACGCCGCGCUCAAGUCCUUUGCCAAGAAAGAUAGAACGGGCAAGUUCCCGAAGCUCGAGGAGCUCGAGGCGCUGUUUGGAGACAUGGAUCUGAACGGCGCGGGCCGCGUGUCCUACGACGAGCUGACGGACUUCAUCGACGACAUCGACGCCGACGACAUCGGCGCCGGCCGCAAUCGCCGCGGGAAGGGUGCCGGUGGUAUCGAAACGAUUUACCUAAAAGAAGAUCGUGUUCCUAAAUUAGAUUACAUUUACCGUGAAGACCUACAAGUGACUUAUUCUCUAAAAUUAGGACGGUUGAAACUGCGGUUGAAACUGCGAUAUAUAAUUCAGCAAUUGGCCUUCCGUCGUCAACACAAGGUGUCAUUGAAGGUGACCCACCUGAUGGCUGAGACCUUCAAACGCAACUUGAUGUUCCUAAACAACAUUCCUAACAAAGAUGUGGUGGUGUCUCAUGGGCUUCUGGCGCUGCCUUCCACUUCCGACUGCGCGGCGACUGCUGCGCCCGGCGAGGCGUCCUUCGAGGGCCAGCACGCGGCACUUGCGGCGCUGGGCCAGGCCGUGCUCGCGGCGCUGGGCGUGGCGUUCUUCCAGGGCUCGACUCCUAUCGAUGUCGUCGGGGGCUACGUCUUCUCGCUGGACGUCCUCGGCGACGCGCUGUCGCUGGACGUGCUGACGAACUCAAAUGUGCUUCACAAGACGGGCUUCAUGGGCGCGGCGCCGACGGUGGUCUUCUUGGGUGGUUCGGAGGGACUCAACGCCCUCUUGCUGGACGCGUCGGCGGCCGCGGCGCUCGACGGCGUGUUCAAGGGCCUCUUCGGCGUCGCUGCGCUUCGCGGGCAACCGGUAGUCGUGGGCGCGGCGCCGGACGUGCCAUUGUAUAAUUCUUCGGACGGCCUAGACGUCUUCUCGGACAACCUCUGCCAGCGGGCUGGCGGCGCGCGGCUCGUGGGCGCGUUGACGGAUUCAUUAGAUGGGCUACGGACGGCGGGCCUCGCGGCGGCGGCCGCGGACGCGGCGUGCGUCCAGGGCUCGGCUUCGCUCGACGUCGCGUUGUGUCAGAACUCGCCGCGGGCCGUCGCGCGGCUCGUGGGCGCGUUGACGGAUUCAUUAGAUGGGCUACGGACGGCGAGCCUCGCGGUGGCGGUCGCGGACGCGGCGUGCGUCCAGGGCUCGGCUUCGCUCGACGUCGCGUUGUGUCAGAACUCGCCGCGGGCCGUCGCGCGGCUCGUGGGCGCGUUGACGGAUUCAUUAGAUGGGCUACGGACGGCGGGCCUCGCGGCGGCGGUCGCGGACGCGGCGUGCGCCCAGGGCUCGGCCGCUCGGCGUCGCGUUGUGUCAGAACUCGCCGCGGGCCGUCGCGCGGCUCGUGGGCGCGUUGACGGAUUCAUUAGAUGGGCUACGGACGGCGGGCCUCGCGGCGGCGGCCGCGGACGCGGCGUGCCCAGGGCCCGGCUUCGCUCGACGUCGCGUUGUGUCAGAACUCGCCGCGGGCCGUCGCGCGGCUCGUGGGCGCGUUGACGGAUUCAUUAGAUGGGCUACGGACGGCGAGCCUCGCGGUGGCGGUCGCGGACGCGGCGUGCGUCCAGGGCUCGGCCGCUCGACGUCGCGUUGUGUCAGAACUCGCCGCGGGCCGUCGCGCGGCUCGUGGGCGCGUUGACGGAUUCAUUAGAUGGGCUACGGACGGCGGGCCUCGCGGCGGCGGUCGCGGACGCGGCGUGCGCCCAGGGCUCGGCCGCUCGACGUCGCGUUGUGUCAGAACUCGCCGCGGGCCGUCGCGCGGCUCGUGGGCGCGUUGACGGAUUCAUUAGAUGGGCUACGGACGGCGAGCCUCGCGGUGGCGGUCGCGGACGCGGCGUGCGUCCAGGGCUCGGCUUCGCUCGACGUCGCGUUGUGUCAGAACUCGCCGCGGGCCGUCGCGCGGCUCGUGGGCGCGUUGACGGAUUCAUUAGAUGGGCUACGGACGGCGGGCCUCGCGGCGGCGGUCGCGGACGCGGCGUGCGUCCAGGGCUCGGCUUCGCUCGACGUCGCGUUGUGUCAGAACUCGCCGCGGGCCGUCGCGCGGCUCGUGGGCGCGUUGACGGAUUCAUUAGAUGGGCUACGGACGGCGAGCCUCGCGGUGGCGGUCGCGGACGCGGCGUGCGUCCAGGGCUCGGCUUCGCUCGACGUCGCGUUGUGUCAGAACUCGCCGCGGGCCGUCGCGCGGCUCGUGGGCGCGUUGACGGAUUCAUUAGAUGGGCUACGGACGGCGAGCCUCGCGGUGGCGGUCGCGGACGCGGCGUGCGUCCAGGGCUCGGCUUCGCUCGACGUCGCGUUGUGUCAGAACUCGCCGCGGGCCGUCGCGCGGCUCGUGGGCGCGUUGACGGAUUCAUUAGAUGGGCUACGGACGGCGGGCCUCGCGGCGGCGGUCGCGGACGCGGCGUGCGCCCAGGGCUCGGCCGCUCGGCGUCGCGUUGUGUCAGAACUCGCCGCGGGCCGUCGCGCGGCUCGUGGGCGCGUUGACGGAUUCAUUAGAUGGGCUACGGACGGCGAGCCUCGCGGUGGCGGUCGCGGACGCGGCGUGCGUCCAGGGCUCGGCUUCGCUCGACGUCGCGUUGUGUCAGAACUCGCCGCGGGCCGUCGCGCGGCUCGUGGGCGCGUUGACGGAUUCAUUAGAUGGGCUACGGACGGCGGGCCUCGCGGCGGCGGUCGCGGACGCGGCGUGCGUCCAGGGCCCGGAGGCAGUCUUGUCCGACAAUACCUUGUUAGAUGAGGCCAUGGAGAAACAUCGACUCGAUAGUAUGAAAGAGCAAAAAGUGAUACAAAUAUUGGUCGUUACCGCCUCGGGCGCGAAGAGGCCCUCUGUUUUUGUGAAGCCGUGGGCGAUCGUCGGUGAUCUCAUGCGCGAGAUCCAGCAGAAGAUUGGUGGUCCCCUGUCAAAAUAUCAGUAUCUGCAGUCCAUCGGCGGCAGACAGAUGCACAAAGCCGCUUUGCUCCAGCACUACGACAUCCAGAAUAAUUCUACUGUGGUUUUGUCGGAGCCCUGGCCUGGGCAUCUUCUAGGAGGCUCGUUGUUGUCGUUGAAAGAGCUCAUUGACAAGGGCAGCCUAAACGUGGGCGACAUCAUCGUCUUCAGAGAACACAAUCACCAAGAGGAAGGCGAACUGCUCGAGAACGGUUGGAUCAGGCACGAGGGCACAGUCUACAAGUCGGCGAGCGCGUUCGUGGGGGCGAUGCGCGGGCAAUCUUCCAGUGGAUAUAACUUUCUCUAUACGGCUACCGGUACGCCGAUCCAGUCGCUCCGCAGCGACCCCUCCGAGAGUAGCUCGAACGACGACGACUUGCGCAGCGACUCGAACAGCGACGACGAGGCGCCCCCGCAGCCGCCUGGGGACCAGCAGCUCGCGGGCCGGCGGCGGCGCCAGCCAACCGAGCGCUUUGAUCAUCAACAGCAAGAGGGCGAGUAUUAUGUGAAGCGUGGGCCCGCUGUGGGUGGCGCAGGCGACGGUGACGACGACGUGGUCAUGGAGGACGAUGACGAGCAGUCCCAGCCGCAACAAGCUCCGCUCAUAUCCACACAACCUAUAGGUAACAGUAGCUCGAACGGCGACGACUCGAGCAGCGACAGCAGCGAGAAGGCGACGCCCUGGAUGACCCGCCCUACGGACGACGCCCAAAUCCGGCGCAACCAGGCCGAGGCGCGGAGGAAACUAGCUGCUGAGAGGGAACGGUUGAAGAAGAGACCUUUAGCGAAGGGCGGAUUGUCGUCGGACGGCGGCAGUGCAUCAAAGCCCUCUCCGCAGAAGAAGCGCGCGCCGCCGCCGCCUCCUCCUCAUGACGCCGACAUGGAGGACGAAGACGAGCAGCUGCAGCUGCAACGAGCUCUGAUCAUGUCCAAACAACGUAUGGAAGAGGGAUUGGUGAAGGACGAUGGCAAGCCGGCGGCGAAGCCGAAGCGCAAGCGCCGCGUGAUCGAAGAACUCGACGAAGAGGACGACGGCGGCGCGCUGGAAGGGCUCACAUCUCAGCCGUCCCUGCCCGAGCCACCCUCGAAAAACGAUGACGGUCAUCCAUCUGCGACGGCGGACCACGCGCGGCCCGGCGGUGUACCGCCACCACCUUCUCUCCCACCGGCGAAGCGCUCGUGCCAAUCCUCUUCGCCGACCUCCGGGAAUGUCAAAGUGUUCUUCGACGGCGACCUGCCUAGCGAGUCCGUUUUACAGGGACUGAGGGACGCGGGCGUCAGCAUAGUGAAUCGGCCGCGCGACGCUACGUAUGUCGUGUGCGAGGAGCCGCUACGACUUUCGCUUACGUUUACCGCUGCCAGCUGCAUCGUGCAUUAUGCUGUGACUUACGAGUGGGUCCAUGCUACCAUCCAGGCCGUUCGCCCCGUAGAUGCGACGAACUACGUUGUGGACAGCCACGAGCUCGAACAAGAAGUUGGAUUUAAUCUCGCCGAUAAUUUGAGGCGGAACCGUGAGGCGCGGGACCGCUCGGAAUUACGCCUGCUUCAGGACUACGCGGUGUGUGUGGAUCCGGACUUUCAGUGGCCACGUGAUCUAUUGCAUGAUUUGCAGGAGAUGAUCGACUGCUCCGACGCGAUGCGGCUCGAAUUUAGUAAUGUGGUCGAAUUAGACGGCACCCUACCGCAAGAAGGAGCCAUCAUCAUCAAAGACGACAGUGGGCUAGUAGAUGAGGCGCUUGUGGACGAUAUCGCGUCCCCAACCACUGUAUUAAAGCACCGGUAUCUCUGUGAGUGCCUUCUGAGGAGGGCGUACCCCUGGGAAGAAGUGGCCGAAGCACCAGCACCCGCCGCACCGGACUCGUCCUUUACGAGGCCCGCGACCAUCGAUUCCUUGAGGAACAACCCCCUUCCCUUGGAGUCUAGGCAUAGGCCGCCAGGUAGCGCUAUUGUGCAUGGGGACUACGACCUCCUCGAGGUGCUAUGUGCUAAAGCUGCUAAUGCCACACCAGCGGAAGUUGUGGCCUGGAAAAUUUAUGGAAGUUUACGUCUCCAAGACCUCAAAGAUCUCCUGGAAGCGAACGGCCAGUCCAAGGUCGGCAACGAGGCCUUUGUACUCAGAAAGGUCAUUGACGGCGCGGCGCGCGGCGCGCCGGCCAUCUGUAGUAUCUGUGGGCAAGGCAAGCCCAAGCCCGUCGAGGGCGAGCUAGGGAGGUGGUGUUGCCCCGGCUACUAUGAUCAGUCUUUAUCUUAUACGAGCUGCCCCCAGACCUGGACGGACGCGACACUACCUAGAAAGCAGUGGAUCGAUACAGAUAGAGGCUUCGGCGGCCGGGCGAACCCUCCUUCUGUCCCUCUGCCCACGAGCUUCACGCAAGAUGAGGUUAACGACUUCUACGCCAGAGCUGAGACUCGCCCGGUGGCACCGGCCUGGAUGAGAGCACAAGUUGAGGAGGCGCUGGCGCCCGCCCCGCGGCAGGGCGAUGCCAACACGCUCGACAUGCUAGGCGAGCUCGUCGACCAGUUAAACCCCAUGGUGGUGCAGAAUUCGAGUGCUGCGGUUCGCCUCAACGUCCACAUCAUGGGGAUGAAACUAGUGACGCUCGCGAGAUCGGGCGGCGAUGGCGACGAUCACGAAGAGGAAGGCAAGACUGGCGGAGAUCCGAGUCCGCCACCGGCUCCACCUGCUCCGCGGGUGCCACUGCCAGAGGACGCUGACAAUUGGCCAAAAGCUUUCAUUGAACUGCUGCGCGAGAAGAAGGUGAAGUGCACCUUUACGGAUCCAAAUCCCAAGUCAGCACGGCGUUGGUUAGGCGCCAAGUCAGCAAGUGCUGCUCGCUAUGAUGGGUAUAUGGGCGCCACCAAUAUCGGGGAUUAUUUCGUCAUCUUCGGCGGCAACAUGGGUGACCUGCGCAACGAUAUCGAUCAUAAAUACUGCAAGCUCGACAAAUCGGCGCGCGACGCCGCGUGGCUCGAGUUCUUGGAGUCGGGCGAGGACUUUCAGUCGAAGGCGGCGGCGGCGGCGGCGAGGGCCAAGCCCGGCGCUAAAUCGGGCGGCGGCGCCGCCGAUGACGCUGAUAAUGAGGACCUGAUUGACACGGAUACGAACCCUCCGACAGAGCCCCUCGUACUGCCACCUAACUGGAAAGACAGCGUUCGGCGGCGCCCGAACUCUCAGUUGGAAGCAGCGGUGUGUGCGCUGGAUGCCGCCCUCAGGGGCAAGACGAGCUUUACUAAGGAAUGGGACCUACUCUUGAAGCAUCGCUGUUAUUGUUUAUAUCAACACGAGGACGAUCCAGCUAAUAAAGCAGUGAAGAACCUCGAAGUGCCGAUCGGUUGGCCGUCAUACAAGGGGUUCAGCAAGGACCCAAAGAAGAAUAGACCUUCCAGCCUGAAGUUGUUGCGCAAAUACCUCAAGUAUGCACUGCGACUCGCGAAGGAAGGAGGCGAAUACUGCCUAGACGGCGCGCAGAGCGAAAGCAAUCGCUGGUGGCCGGAGGAGAGGGAGAAAUUUCACGAGGCCAUGGCGACGCUCAACAUAAAGCGGAGCGGGGGUGCAAAGAACAUAUUGAAGGACGACUGCCGCCGGAUCGCGGAGAGCAUACCCAACAAAACGACUGAGCAGGUCCUUAGGCACGGUGUUGGUUACUUCAGCUCCUUCGAUGCGGAAGCGCAAGCUAUUGAAAAGCUCACUAGAACUGGCGACCCCUACGUGAAGUCCGUCUUGGACACGGACGCCACCGACGCGUCCAAGCUCCUCUUCUGCAUCAUAUCUACAGGCCGGUGGGUCGACGCCAAACUCAUUGAAUUGAGACUGUUAAAAGCUGGCCUAGGAGCAUCACAAAUACUGUGGGUCGUGGGCACCCAGGGAGAAGUGGCCAAGUACAAGUCGCAAUGCUAUGGUGAAGUAGUAGUAGGAGGCGGUCUCUCUGCGUCGAGAAACGAAGCUCUAGAUCAGGCCCGACGCCGCGGCUGCGUGUGCGUGCAACUGAGGGACAGUGUUUGUAAGUGCGUGGUAAUACAGGAGGGCAGAUCGCUAGCUGAUUUCCACAAAGGGAUAGGUCUGUGGAAAGAGCCAGCGAGUCUGAAGGCGGCCAACACCGCGGGCUCGAAGAAGGUGGAGGCGACACUGGUGGUCGCGGCCGAGUUGUUGUACAAAUUGAUGAAAGCGACGGACAAACGCUUGGCAGGCUGCUUCCCUGUCCGGAACGAGGGCUUCGCCGCAAGCAAGGAACCGGUGCAGCAGCGGGAACUUGUUGAUGAAAGGCUGUUGGUAAUCGACCCGAAGGACACCGAAUUGAAAUUCGACGAAUCAUUGAAUUUCAGGGAGGUCGACGAGUUCACGGCGCAGCACUUCAACACUUAUGGCGGGAUUUGUAGAUCAAACCGCGUGCUGUGUGUGGGACAAAACGACCAGAAGAAGCGACGUGUGGGGCUAGGAUCCUGGGUCACCCCGGAGGGACCUAGUGAAGAGGAUAAACGGAACGCCAUCGAUUCACUGCUCAAUAAGCAUCGCGACUUGUUCCGUGAGAGGAUCAUCUACAAUAGAACAACACGCCCGCACGAUAGAUAUGUGUUGAGUUGGAAACAAAAGGACGCCUCUCCGGAGCCGAAGGAUCAAAAUGAGACCAUGGAGGACGUGCAGCCCGGCGAGCAGACCAACCCGUCUACACAACUACCGUUCGACGCCGCGUCUUUGGCGGCCCUGGAAUGUCCGCCGGUGCCGGCAGCUAUGCGAAAACCGACCCCAAAGGAAAAAUUUAUACGCUUCGCAUUUCUGGCGCGCGAGACGUUCAAGUGUGAGAACGGCGAAAAAAGCGAGGCUGCCCUGAUUUUGCCACACGAAGAAGGCAAUUCCCGACAGGAAGGCCAGGUUCGCGUGCUUUGCGAGUUAGUGAAAGGUAGGUUCACCCACAAGGUGAAGUUCGCAUCACGUGCUUCUAAGGAGCAGCUUACUAUUUUGGGAGAGGACGAUUAUGGCUUCGAAUUUAUACGGACGAAGGCGCCUGCGAUGUACAGAGAUAUGAAGUGCAUUUUUGUGGUGGAUCCCAGGGCCAAGGGUGGUUCUUUCAGGCCCCGAUGUGCCCAUGCGAAAGGUUUUGUCACACUCGCCAAUGGAUGUGCGCGAGGCUUAGAGUGCCCUAAUUCUAAAAUAGACAUCGAACAGCACCACAUCACCGCGCAUGAACGCGACUGCCUCUUGGCCCCAUCCACAAUGCUCAUCAACACGGGGUUGCUCGCCAGCGGCAUUUGGGGAAGGCAACGACCCUUACACAAGCAGCUCAACAAGCUCUGGGAGAUGAUCCAGCAUCAACAUUCCAUUAACGAUAAAACCUUUGUCCAUCGAAACGAGAUCUCGGUUCCAGUUGACACUAAGCAGUCAGGCGACGCAUAUGGUGGACAUAGUACUCUAUGGAAUGAACUCAAACCAGGCGGCAAAUUAUUUAGGCACUUGAAAGAAGCUGUUCCUACUCGUGUACAUGAUCUGCUGCCAGAGGGUCUGCCCAACGACUUCACGACGCGGGGCACGUACUACGAACUCAAGAACGAUAGUGAAGAAUACUUCCCGUUCUGGGGCCGGGACACGCUUCUCUAUUAUGAGCCCAAGUCGAAAAAUCAAACGCUGUCCGUCGUUUAUGGGAAAUGCCCCAUAACAGGAGUGGGCGGACGAAAGACGAAGAAACAAAAUCCUUUUCCCCUUGUGCUACACCACAUCACAGUCGAUAAAAAGGAAUACUUUGUUGGCUUCAUCAACGACAGUGUGAACAGGGGCCUCGGCAGCACCGGCGCCCCGAAUCCGUUUGCCUAG